AAUGGGUAAAAUGGUUCAUGAAUUUUUACUGCCAUCUAUCGGGACUCGCCAUUACAAUCAUUUAAAUUUCCACCAAUCAGAAACAGCUCUCCCUUCUGCCAGUCUAUCUAUCCAGAAAGAAGCGUUAUUCCCAAAUUGAGUUAUCGUCGGUUUUGAUAAUCUUUGUUUAGCGUUGCUUAUUUCCAUCAGGUGCGCGUUUUUUUUAAGGAUUUACCCCUCUCAAUUGUGUUAUUUGUGUUGUUUGUGUUAGCGUCCUUUUUAUUUAUAUUUUAUAACUAUGGGAAGAGUAAAACCAUGCUGUGUACCUGGGUGUAACGAUAGAAAGACAAAAAGAUACAGCAUUACUACUAAUAAAAAAACUCGCCCUAUUUGGCUUCAAAGAAUUAAUAAUGAGAAACUUUCCCAAUUGGAUGAUAAACAAAUAGGAAAUUACCUUAUUUGUGGUUUACAUUUUGAGGAUAGCUGCAAAGAAGCUAAUGAAAAACUACGAAUUGGAGCCUUACCAUCACUUCAUUUACCUGGAUACGUAAAAACGCAAAAUGAUAAUUUUUUGCCUCCAUCCCCUCCUGAAACCCUUACAUCAACUCCUAAAAAAAUAAAAGAAAAUGUGGGUAGUACUUCUAAUCUAGAAUUUAGUCCUGUAAAAUCAGUACUAAAACCUACAAAAAGUUAUAGCAGAAAACGGGUAUUCGGAGUUAUGGAAGCUGAUACAGAGUUAAACGUUAUCCAAGAACCUGAAAAUCCUUCAACUUCAAAUACUUCAAUGGCAUCCUCCAUGCUGAAUUAUGAUACAACAAUGGCAGCAGAAUAUCAGCAAAUUCUUCCCAAAAGAAGUCCAAGGGGAGCAACCAAAUUAAAUAAGAAAUACAUUGAGUUGAAGUGCACAGUACAAAAAAUUACAAGAGCAGCUAAGAGGGCACACAAAAAACAUUUAGAAACAAAACAAAAAUUAAAACUUAUAAUGGCAAAUAAAAACCUCACAAAUGUUUUGAAGGAUGUUAAUGACACCACUUUGGCCGUUGAUCCGCAUUGUGCGGUAAAAAGUUGCCUCAUUAACCAGGAACCCUAUCACAAGUUUCCUGAUCCGAAAAAGGAACCUGUCCUCUUUAAAUUGUGGGUGUCGUGUUGCGGUAACGAUGAACUGAACACACUACUAUCAGAACGGAUUUACCAGUCGAAACGAGUCUGCGCCGCCCAUUUUGGACGUGGAGACAACGUGCCCACUUUGGAAUUACCAGUGAAAGACAAUUCAGUUGCUGUUACCGCCUUAGAUGUGACCAGAGGUGCUGAUGACAAUGUCAUAGUAUAUGUUGAAGACACUCAAUCAAAUUCUUUCGAUGAUGCCCUGUCUGAUUCGGACGAUGUAAUUCCAGAAAAACGAAUUAAACUAGAACCAAUGGACGACGAUUAUGAACAGACUGAAGAUGAACUCUUUUUUAUUGAACUGUAUGAAGCUUUCCUGUCGGCGGAAAUUCCUCUGGACAAACUGAACAACCCCGUACUCACGAACUUUUUGCAGAAAUACUGCAAUCGCAACCCCAUUGGGGAUUCGUUCCUUUAUAGGACGUACGUCGACAAACUGAAAAACAGAUGUUUGAAAACCAUCAAACAGGAUCUGCAAACGCAAAACUACAUUUGGGUGAGCGUUGAGGGUGCAGUCUCAGAAACGGGCGACAACGUAAUUAACGUGGUUGCUGGUGGCCUAAACGCCGAUGAAAUGCCCGGAAAAUCGCACUUUAUUAACUCGGAGGUUGUCCAGAAGUUGGAUGCGCACACUGUGGCAGAAAUUGUAGACUCUUCACUAGAUCUAAUAUAUGAUGACAGACUUGUCAAAAGAAAAGCUUUGCAUUAUUUAAUAGACAACACAGGUCUGUCAAAACCAGUUGGAGAAAUCUUGGGCAAUUCGUAUCCACUACUUAUUAAUGUGGAAUGUAUGGCACACACGUUACAACGAGUCUGCAGGCUCUGUCUAGAUACAUACCCAGAAGUUAUGUAUCUGGUGUACGAAAUGAACCGGUUUCUUUCGGACGCUUACAACAUGGCCAAGUUCAAAAGUUUUCACACCAGCUUCGUAGAUCAUCCGAACAUCCGUUUCGACAGACCUAGCACGUGGAUUGAAGCUGCGUGUUUUUAUUCGAUGUACUAUGAACAUGUCGACAAAUUUAUAAAAGUACUGUCUGAUAACUGUGGGAAUAUUAAAGAAAUUUGGGCGAAGAACGGACUGAAAAGUAUGUUGGCAAUUAUUCACACGUCUUGUGCCAAUUUGAUACCCGCCAUUGAGCAAUUGGAGUCCCAGGAUCUGUUUAAAGAUGCGGUGAAACAUUUUAACGAGACUUUAGAAAAGGUUUUAAAAUCGUUUUCCUUUAAAUCGAAAUUAUUGGGAUAUAUUAAGCAAACAAAAGAAGAAAUAGGACAUAAGGUGAUUGAUGAAAUGGUGAAAAAGGAAGUAGAUUUUACACUGAGGUAUUUCCAGUAUGCUCCAGUGGCCGUUCAAAAAGUACAAACUGGUUCAUGCGGAUCAGAUUUAUUCCUUUCCAACUAUUAUAAUCCAAAGAACUGUUAUUAAAUAAUUGUUUUUGUACCAUGUAUGUAUUUUAUUUUAUAUUAACAAUUACAAGGCUGUAUAUUUUAUACAUAUAAAUAUUAAAAAUAAAUAAUUACAAACAAUGAA